AUGUCUGUCUUGAACUACCUACUUCUGAAAAAGACCACCACUGCAGUUGCCUCGCCUUCACCACCCGCGGGGCCAGCGGCUUUCGAACAGCCUCCAGAUAAAACUGGUCUUCUAGUCACUGAGGAGCUAGAGAAGGUGCUCAGCGAGUCGAAGUUGAAGGUUUCCCGCAUCGCGACAGAAUGUCGAUCAAAGAACCGAAAGUUUCGUGACAUUGAAUUCGACCUCGAGAAUGAUAGAAAUCUCUGUCUACAUGGCCUCUCAAUGUCUCCCGAAAAUUCUUUCAACCCAUCUGAUGUACGACGAGUCACCGAGAUUUUCGACAAUCCGCAAUUCUUUGUGGAUGGUGCCCGCUCCAGUGAUAUCAUCCAAGGAGCUCUUGGAGAUUGUUGGUUUGUGUCUGCGCUGGCAACUAUGGCAACCAAGCCCAAUCUGAUUAAAAGCUUAUGUGUUGCACGUGAUGAACAAGUUGGGGUCUAUGGCUUUGUGUUCUUUCGUGAUAUGCGCUGGGUCAGUGUAGUGAUUGAUGAUCUGCUCUACACAAAAAUUCCUAAAUAUGAAGAACUCAGCAACAAUGAGAAGGAUAUAUUUCACAAGGACAAGGACCGCUACAAUGACUUGGCACGCAAGGGCACCAAGACACUGUACUUUGCAAGGUCAGCUACAGAGGGUGAAACUUGGGUUGCACUCUUUGAAAAAGCAUAUGCAAAACUCCAUGGUGAUUAUGCAGCUCUUCAAGGUGGAGAAGCCUGUGAGGCUAUUGAAGACAUGACUGGUGCUGUUUCCAGUCUUAUCCCAUGUCAGGAUAUUCUUGAUCGUGAUCAAUUCUGGAAAGAUGAACUAGUCAAUGCCAAUCAAGAUCGCUUGUUUGGAUGUCAAUUUGGCCAGCUUAAUGGAUCACGCAACAAUAACUGGGGUGCAACAAUCAAUGGGCUUAUAGCAAAUCAUUCUUAUUCUAUCCUGCAAGCAAAAGAAAUUCGAGGCAAGCGCUUUCUGGUUAUUCGAAACCCAUGGGGUGAAAGUGAAUGGACUGGCCCAUGGUCAGAUGGCUCAAAAGAGUGGACAAAAGAGUGGCUUGAAAUCCUUCCUGAGCUUGGACAUACAUUUGGCAAUGAUGGACAGUUUGUGAUGGAAUACAAGGAUUUCUUGGCCAGUUGGUCAAAUCUUGAUCGAACUAUGUUAUUUGACUCUACCUGGGUUAUGUCUUCUCAAUGGCUUGAAGUGACUCUUGAUACACGAUUCUUCAAGGAAAUCAGUGGUCUCUCAAUGUGGUCACUUGACUUUAUCCUCUAUAAGCAGGGGGGAACUGAACCAAUUGCUGUGGCCAAUCAUCAUGCAAAAUAUUGGUCCCGUAGUGUCAAUCUUGAGGUGGAUCUUGAACAGGGUGAAUAUGUUGUACAUGUUAGGCUUGACAGGCUAAAAAUACGAGAGGAUGACUAUUUUGAAGAACUAUCAAACACUUGGGAUCAGCGUAAAUUAACCAGAGUAUUAACAGAAAGAGCCAUUAGCUGCUCUAUUGCUUCAAAUUUCAAGUUAGAAUCAGAACUUUCUAGCUUACCUAUCCCACCAAAUAUUUUAGCUGGUCAGACUCUAGCUGAACUUGAGGCAAAAGCAGCUGCCUUGAAGCUAUCUCUAGCUUCACAUCAUCUGGGAACAAUACAAGUGCCAAUUAUGGGCCCAUCCACAACAACAUCCAAGACAGUCACUACUGUUGUUGAAACCAUUACUAGUAGUGGCUCCACUGAUUCCUUAGGAACUAUCAUUGCACCACCAUUGACUCCUUCUGAGGAUCCUGGACCAGUCAUCUCAGUCACAGCUGAUAUGGGUGGGAAGAGUGCUGGUGAUGAACACUCAAAUAAUCAAGUUGUUGCCCCUCUUCUAGAGGUCUUGCCAACACCACCAGGUGUCAAUGAUGUAAAGGACCCAGGAGACAGUGGUACAGUCAUUGUUGGCCUCCGUGUUUACACAAAACAGCAUGCACCAACAACUAUCAGUGGACAACUGAGACAUGUUGAACUAGGCACUUCAUUUGCUGGACUGGCACUUGUUAGUGCAAACAUGAAAUCAAAGUGA